AUGUUCAACAUUGUCCUCACCCUGCUUCUUCAGCUCUCCAUGUUCAUGCUGGCUGAAGCAGCUCCUCUUACCGUGCAGAAAGCCGAGCCAUGGCAAGCUGGUACCGGAGGAGGCAUCGUUGGAUUCAUUGUUCUUGUUCUCGAUAUCAUCGCAUGGAUUGAGAUCUUCAAGUCGAACCGCCCCGUGCCCAACAAGGUCAUCUGGGCUCUCGUCGUGUUCCUCUUUCCUGUUGUCGGCAUGAUCAUCUACUACCUCUUCUCGAACCGCCAAGCACACAACACCUACGAGCCCAUACCCGCAUAG